CAUGCUUUGCAGGUCUGAGCUGUGCAUGCAAGGAUAAAGGGGAUCUUUUAGUCUGAAAAAGUCUGCUGCCUCCCAUCUGUUCCUGGGGACCAGUCUGCGUGGAGUUCACCUUCCAGGCUAAAAUACCUGCCAAGAUGCUCCACUUGCAGGGCCCACAAAUGCUGCAGAUGCUAGAAAAAUCCUUGAGGAAGAGCCUCCCUGAGUCCUUAAAGGUGUAUGGGACCAUCUUCCACAUGAACCAGGGAAACCCGUUCAAGCUGAAGGCUCUGGUGGACAAGUGGCCUGAUUUUAAUACGGUAGUUGUCCGCCCUCAGGAGCAGGAGAUGGUAGAUGACCUUGAUCACUACACCAAUACUUACCAAAUCUAUUCCAAGGACCCCAAGAACUGUCAUGAAUUCCUUGGCUCACCAGAAGUCAUAAACUGGAAACAACAUUUGCAGAUUCAAAGUUCACAAUCCAACCUGGAUGAGGUGAUAGAAAAUCUUGUAGCUGUUAAACUGAGUCAGGUCAAGCGAACACAAUGCUUCCUCUAUAUGAUCCUUCAGACAGCAAAGAAAUUGGUGCCUUCCCUGCUGAAUGCAAAGAAGUUAUCUCCAAGUGGGGGCACGCAUGAUUCCAUCAACCAAGAGAUGUUUAAACUCUCAUCCCUGGAUGUCACACAUGCUGCCCUGGUGAAUAAAUUCUGGCAUUUCGGCGGCAAUGAGAGGAGCCAGAGAUUCAUUGAGCGCUGUAUCCAGACCUUCCCCUCCUUCUGUCUGCUGGGGCCCGAGGGGACCCCUGUGUCCUGGACCCUGAUGGACCAGACAGGAGAGCUGCGGAUGGCAGGCACUGUGCCUGAGUACCGAGGACACCGUCUCGUCUUUCACGUCAUCUGUGCCCAGAUCCAGGCUCUGGAGAAACUUGGCUUCCCCAUGUAUUCCCACGUGGAUAAAGCCAACCACAGCAUGCUAAGACUGAAUCUCAAAAUCCAGUGUGUCCCUAUGCCCUGUGACUGGAACCAGUGGCAAUGUGUGCCUCUGUGACAAGACAGUGUUGGGUGGGCUGCUCUUGUAGCAGGAGGAACAUAUGGAUGAAUGGACAGAAAGAAUACAUUGUCAUCAGUGGUAAUGAAGUGGUCUCUCAGGACAGGCUCAAUCUUAAUACUCCACCUUCCUAGGCUCCCCCUAGCUUCCUCCUUGGAAAGCUGCCCAGCCAGCAUAGCUCCCAUAUUUCCAGGGUCUUCCUCACACUUCAUAUCAGUUGCAUGUUUUCCUAUGUUGUCCUUCCUGGAACUCUUGUUCAUUGAUUGACUCUUGCCAAUUUGCCAGGAGGUGGUAAUAUUUGCUGGGUUCUAUAAUUUUUCCUUCUGGCUUUCUUUUUAAUGUUGGCAGGAGAGUAAUCUAUCUUUUCAGCUGGUCAUCCUUCCCCAGGUCACAUCUCAAGCCUUAUAUUAUAAUCACAUGAAAUAUAACACACACACACAUAUCAUAUAACUUGAGGGUAUUAUGCAAAUGAAAUAAGUCAGAUGGAGAAAGACAAAUACUGUAUAAUAUCAUUCAUGUGUGGAAUAUUAAAACAAACAAAUGAAACAAAACUCAUGGACACAAACUGCAGAUUGGUGGUUAUCGGAUGGAAAGGGGGUAGAAGGGCAAAACAGUAAAUGGGAUCAAUUAUAUGGUGACAGAGGGAAACUAAACCUUUCCUGGUGAGCAUGCUGUAGUGUAUACAGAUGUUGAAUUAUAAUGUUGUAUACAUGACACUUAUAUAAU